CGAGCCCCCUUUUUUUUUUCAUUUACACAUUUACAUGAUUUCAGGGGCUAAACCAGGCAGUUAUACCCUAACCCUCUCUGCUGUGACACCAUCCAACACCCAAUAACAGAGAGCACCAUAAGGUCCCCCCUAAUCAUGACGGCCGUAGCGGCUGUCCCGGACCUGCAGGACGCUGCUGGGUCGUCGACAACAGUACAUGCACCCAAUUCCUCGGACAGCCCGACCGACUUGGGUUUGCUGUCACCAGCGACAAAGACCAUUUCGAAAAACAGUGCAAGACACGCAGCAUCAGCACCACCAAAUUAUGCCGAAUCCUCACCAACAGGAAAUGCAUCAUUCACCGGACCCCCAUCGCCGUCGGGCAACAAUGUCAGCCCACAUGGCCGUCAUCAAGGAAUGAGCAAACUCCGCGCGUGCCUCGUCAUCGCCACCCUGUCGGGCGUGAGCUUCCUCAACACGAUGGGCUCUGGGAUUUUGACCGUCUCGCUGCCGACCAUGGCCCGUGACGUAAGGCUCGACGACUCGCUGCUCCUCUGGCCCGCCUCGGUCUACUCGCUAGCCGCGGGCUGCACCCUGCUCGUCUUUGGCGCCGUGGGCGACAUCAUCGGCCCCAAGCGCGUCUGGAUCACCGGCGCCUGCCUCUACGCCGCCUUCACCCUCGGCGUCGGCCGCAGCUCCACUGGCUCCCAGCUCAUCGCCUUCCGCUCCGUUCUGGGCGUUUCCAUUGCCAUGUGCCUCCCUACCGCCGUCAGCCUGACAACCAACGGCUUCGGCGCCGGUCGUUGGCGCAACAUGGCCUUUGCCUUUCAGGGAAUGGGCCAACCGCUCGGCUACUCGACCGGACUGAUUCUCGGCGGCAUUUUUACUGAUACCGUCGGUUGGCGCUUUGGCUUUUACAUCUCGGGUGGCAUAAACGCCGUCCUCGCUAUCUGUGCAUUGAUAGUGCUUCCGUCGCCACCACGGGAUGAGGAGGAAGAGGAGCAGCAAGAACUAGAGGAAGAAGAAGAAGCGGCCACAGAAGCCACCGUAACUGCUGCCGGUGCAACCAACCGUAACAGCAGAUCCAGGUCACUCCUAUCCCGCCUGGCGCACGACGUCGACUGGACCGGCACGCUGGCCAUCUCGGCCUCGAUGGGCUUCCUGUCGUACGUCUUCAGCGUGGUGAGCAAGGACUACGACCGCAUGGCGGCUCCGCAAAACAUUGCGCUGCUGGUCGCCGCCGCCCUCCUGCUGCCAACCUUUACGCUGUGGGUGGGCCGGCAGGAGCGCCUGGACCGGCCCGCCCUGAUACCAAACAGCCUGUGGCGCAAGGCAGCCUUCUCGUCCACCUGCGCCGCCGUCUUCUUCACGUGGGCCGUCUUUAAUGCGUUUCAGUACUUUUCGGCGCUUUACUUUGAGCGCAUCGAACACAUCACGGCGCUCCAGACCUCGCUGCGGUUCUUGCCCAUGGUGCUUGUUGGAGCGGCUACCAAUAUUGUUACAGGAUAUCUAGUGGAAACAGUCGAAGUCAGGUGGCUGGUAGUCGUAUCGGCCAUCUUUAGUCUCUUCUCUCCUCUCAUUAUGGCCCUGGUCAGACCUGGUUGGGGUUAUUGGAAGGGUGCAUUCUUUGCUAUGCUCUUGUCGCCGCUGCACCCUGAUGUGCUAUUCACCGUCUCCAACCUUAUAAUCUCAAGAGUCUACGACGGUCGAUCCCAGUCCCUCGCGGGCGCUGUGUUCAACGCCGUGUCGCAGGUGGGCAACUCGGUCGGCCUGGGCCUCACAGCCGUCGUCUCGUCUGCCGUCGCUCGCAGCUAUCGCGGGUCCGGUGGCGUCGGGAACGCGAUGGAACCACCCCUAACAGCCCGGCCACAAUACUUGCCGUCACCACUCGCCAUCGAGGCAACGCUCGCCGGUUAUCACGCCGCGUUCUGGCUCAUGUUUGGGGCAGCAGCAUUGGUCCCGGUCAUCACGUUCUUGGGGCUCAGGAGAGGAGGCAAAGUUGGUGCCGUUGAGUAAAGGUCUUCACGAAGCUUUUUUUUUUCUCUUUUUGUUCAUUGCAUUCCGUGUUUUGUUUUUCGAAACUAGGCUCUAGUCAUGGCGUUCUGCAUAUAUA